AAUAAACUCAGCUAGUUUCACUGUAAGUCUGAAGAAUGUCAUUUAAGAGGAAGUACAAGUGAAUAACAUUGAACAUAAGCACACUGGACUUUGUUUAUAGUGUGAUCGAAGCGAAAUUGAGAGGUUAGUAUCGAUGGAGCAAAAGCUGGCAGAUUUCAGAGCACGACGACAGGCUGACCAUGCUGUCAAAAAGGAUCAGUGUGCUGGUCUGCAGUCCAAAACAGAGACAGUGACAGACUCGGCAGGUGAGACUGAUACACCAGCUGACAGCCAACAGACAGAAAACAUCCAGACUUCAACUCACAGCCCUCAAAGCCAGGACCGAAGCGACUGGUUGCUGGACAGCGCACUGGGGAGGUGGCUGUCUUCGAGACAAAUUGUCUUAUCAAACAUUACUCUGCUCAAAGUGCUGCUUUGGCUGGUUCUCCUCGGUCUGUUUGCAGAAUUGGAGUUCGGCCUCCCCUUCUUCGUCAUCUCCCUCUUCUACUGGCUCUAUGAAGGACUCCGUAGCCCAGCGGCCCGUAAGCCUGGAGAACUGAGCGCUUAUUCUGUCUUCAAUCCAGACUGUCAGCCUCUGCUGGGCGCUCUCACUGCGGAGCAGCUGGAGGGCGAGAUGGGUUACAGACCUCUGGCAAACAGAUGAAAUGCUUGGGAUGUUUAUAUCAAAUAAUCAGUUCAGGAACAUACAGAGACCUGCUAUAGUAAUUUAUGCUCAUUAAUCCUGUAUAACAUAAAAUUCUACUGAUAGUUUAUUCCUGUUUUCCUUGAAGCAGUUUAAUGUCACGGAUAGUAUCCAUCACCUAACGUUGUGGAGGAAGGAUAAACUACAUCAGAUAUGGUGGUCUAAUCCUCACCAUCACUUGACAGGAUGUUUUCCUAACACAAAGUUAAUUAAAGGGUUUUUUAAAUCUGUAUUCAUUUUGAACACUGACCUCCACUUUCCAUUGUCCUCUACUUAUCAAUUUGGGAUUGUUGGAAAAUAUAGGAAGUAUUUAAUAGGGAAAUGGAGUCAAACAAGAGCUCAUCCUGAGUCACACUCACAGAAAUGAUGAAGGAUAAGCUGCGUCACUAAGGGGAUCCCAGCCUCGUAGAAAAAUGCCCCCAAUUUCAAGCCUUUGAUGUGGAUCAUCUUAUCUCUGGAAAACUUGAGCGACACAUGUAUUGCUUUAAAUGACGCUCUGUAACGGUCUAUGAUGUGGCUUUGUAGUCAAAGGUCCUAUUAAAACACAACACAGCCAAUA